GUUUAUCAAAUAAAUAUGCUUUUCCAUGAUGACCGCAGGUUCAUUGACUGUUGAAGAAGACUUGGAAUUUUAUGACCUUUAUGUUCAAUGUGUUGAAGCACAUCUGGCAUCAGGUCCCAUCACUACGAGAGGUGCACAACUUCCUUUAUCUGACAAAUGUAGUUUAUUUUAAGUUUAAAGUAUUUUGUGUCGAAUUGUUUAUAUAAUAUGCAUUUUUAUAGAUGCAACUACACAGCCAUAUUCACAGUAUUAGAACAGCAUCAGAGUACUUUCUCCACCUCUAAAAGUAUAAGUGUAUAAGCCCUAUAUAUGAUUAUAACGGUCUGUUCUUAUGACUCAGGAGCUAUUAGAUAAAGGAAACAAACUACAAUCAUACAACAGGACUGAGGCAUGUGAUGAUCAGUGGUCUUCGUGUCAUUGUCCCAUGGAGGUUGAGUCCAGGAGUCGGGGACGCGCAUCCAUCGGCAUGUGUGAUCUCUGCGCUCGUUCACGAGCAUGGAGACACCUGACCACUGCAGGGGACCGAGGCCGCUGACUCUCCGCAUACGAAAUAUAAAAGUCUUCCAGAAACCUUCCCGUUGAUUACACAGCUGUGCGUCCUCCGAGCGGGAUGACGGACGAGGAGGUGUUCGCGUCCGAGCAGGAGCAGGCGGUGGACAGCGGCCCGCUGGGCGACUUUAGGCGGCGGACUCGCCUAUACUGCAUGAAUGGCGGACAUCACCUCCAGAUGCUCCCCGACGGGACGGUGCAGGGCCAGAGGGAGGACCGGGACGCUCACACUGUGUUAAAGCUCAAGGCUGUGGAUAGAGGUGUCGUGGUCGUCCAAGGAACAGAAGCCGGGCGAUAUUUGGCCAUGAGUGACGAGGGCCGAUUGUACAGUUCACCCACAGUGACCGAUGAAUGUUACUUUCUGGAGAAGCUGGAGGAGAACCACUACAACACAUAUGCAAGUCAGAAAUAUCAGACGAGGAACUGGUAUGUAGCGCUGAAAAAGAACGGGAGACCUAAACUGGGUUCAAGAACUCACAUCGGACAGAAGGCCAUCUUCUUUCUGCCCCGACGGCUCGGUGACUCCAGAGAGUGAAGACGAGCGGCUCAUCGCACAGCGAAACCUCAAUCUGAAUGGAUUCUCUUUCACCAUUUCAAAAUUCGUAUUGCUAACUCCUCAUCUUCACGCAGCAUCUUCAAACAUAUACUAAGGCCCAGCCUGGUGAAUCAACACUGAGCCAUCAUGUACAUAGUGUUUUGUAUUUGUUGAUGACAUGUAUUGUUAUCGAUAUGUUACUUCUUUAUCGUGUCUUAUGUAUGAUUUUCCCCAUUUAGCUUUAUUCUUGUUUAUUACUCAAGUGCUUUACUUUAGGUGAGACCCUUGUAUUAGCCCUUUGGGUUUCUUUCCUCACCUGCACUCAUUUGUGUGUCUUUUAAUAAUGUUACAUUUGUACUGUUUUUCUUUUGUGCAAAUAAAUCAAUAAAAUUAAAAAACAA